CAUCAUCCCACCACUCUCGUUCUCUCUGUAACGGCAAAGCUGACUCAUUAUAUACGUCAUUGACUCGCCUGAGUAUCAGAACCUUACGCUUUCGGAGAUCGAUAAUUUUGUAAUUAAUCUCGCGAGCCAGGUUUUUGUGGUAUGAGUUGCGCUGAUCCUGUGAAUGAAACGGAUGGAGCUCCAGCGUGUAGCAAGAAACCCUCCACCAACAAGAAAAAGAAGACCAAGUACUCUCCUAAGGAUGACAAACCUAAAAGGAAGCAGGAAAAUGUGAAAUCUAAAGUAUCCAGGAGUGGCAAAAGGAAGAAGGCCCAAAAGACAAACUUGAGAGAGCCGGCAACUAAAUAUGCUGGAGAUAUGAGCAACACCAGCCUUCGGAUCACACGCGAAAGUCGCAGAAAAGCUUUGAGUUUUGGCUUGGAUAAAACUGGAGAUGCGAGGCAAGGUGACUACCAACCUCUUGUUCCAUUUGGGAACCUGCAUGUGGAGAUUGGAGCUGACUACCAACCUCUUCUUCAAUUUCGUAACCUGCAUUUGGCGAGCGUAAAACAGCACCGGCGGCCCUUAUUUUUGAUGCCUGGUGGUGGAAAUCGACAACCAAGUGAUGCGGGGCAAGGUGACUACCAACCUCUAGUACAAUUUGGUAACAUGCAUGUGGAGAUUGGAGCUUACUACCAACAUCUUUUUGAAAGAGGGUGAUGAAGAGAUGGAUAUGUAAUCUGUUGAUGGUACUCUAAAUAACUCUUUUUUGCUUUUUAUGCAAAAAAAAAGCCAUAUGGGAGAGAAAUGGUAUUCCUUCUGUUUUUAAAAGAUUGAUGUUUUAGAUUUUGUUUUUGUUUUUGAAAGAUUGAUGUUUUGCACUUUAAUCAAUAUAUUUAGUUUUACAAGAUGAAUUAAAAAUAA